AUGGCGGGAUUUGGUGCUAUGGAGAAAUUUUUGGUUGAAUACAAGAGUGCAGUUGAGAAGAAACUGGCCGAGUACAAAUGUAACACCAACACAGCAAUUGAACUAAAAUUAGUUCGUUUUCCUGAAGAUCUUGAGAAUGACAUUAGAACUUUCUUUCCUGAGUAUACCCAUCAACUCUUUGGGGAUGAUGAAACUGCUUUUGGUUACAAGGGUCUGAAGAUCUUGUUAUAUUAUAUUGCUGGUAGCCUAUCAACAAUGUUCCGUGUUGAAUAUGCAUCUAAAGUUGAUGAGAACUUUGACUGUGUAGAGGCAGAUGAUGUUGAGGGCAAAAUUAGACAAAUCAUUCCACCUGGAUUUUGCACAAACACAAAUGAUUUUCUUUCGCUGCUGGAAAAAGAAGCUGAUUUCAAGCCAUUUGGAACCUUACUUCACACAUACUCUGUUCUCAGUCCAACAGGAGGAGAAAACUUUACCUUUCAGAUUUAUAAGGCUGACAUGACAUGUAGAGGCUUUCGAGAAUAUCAUGAAAGGCUUCAGACCUUUUUGAUGUGGUUUAUUGAAACUGCUAGCUUUAUUGACGUGGAUGAUGAAAGAUGGCACUACUUUCUAGUAUUUGAGAAGUAUAAUAAGGAUGGAGCUACACUCUUUGCGACCGUAGGCUACAUGACAGUCUAUAAUUACUAUGUGUACCCAGACAAAACCCGGCCACGUGUAAGUCAAAUGCUGAUAUUGACUCCAUUUCAAGGUCAAGGCCAUGGUGCUCAACUUCUUGAAACAGUUCAUAGAUACUACAUUGCAUCUCCUUCUGUUCUUGAUAUUACAGCGGAAGAUCCAUCCAAAAGCUAUGUGAAAUUGAGAGACUUUGUGCUUGUGAAGUUUUGUCAAGAUUUGCCCUGUUUUUCCCGGGAAAAGUUAAUGCAAGGAUUCAAUGAAGAUAUGGCAAUAGAGGCUCAACAGAAGUUCAAAAUAAAUAAGCAACAUGCUAGACGGGUUUAUGAAAUUCUUCGACUACUGGUAACUGACAUGAGUGAUGCUGAACAAUACAGAAGCUAUAGACUGGAUAUUAAAAGAAGACUAAUUAGCCCAUAUAAGAAAAAACAGAGAGACCUUGCUAAAAUGAGAAAAUGUCUCAGACCGGAAGAACUGACAAACCAGAUGAACCAGAUAGAAAUAAAUAUGCAACAUGAACAGCUGGAAGAAAGCUUUCAGGAACUUGUGGAAGAUUAUCGACGUGUCAUUGAACGCCUCGCUCAAGAGUAG